AUGGAUGGAUCAAACUCACAAGUGGCGGCCCUAGUAGUGGCCAUGACGACGUCGUCGUCGCCGCGACUUCAGAAGCGGAUUCCGGACGACGUCUUCUGCGUCGGGACGUCGCCUGAGGGCGCUUCCGGAGAGGCUUCUCCCCUCGUCCAAUCCAACCGACGUCCCCGACGAUCGAUAGCCAGCCGCCGGCCGGGGCCCUACGUUAUUGCAUUAGUUUAUUCGUCCUCAGGACCUCUCUUUUGGCAUAACUUCUUCCAUUUUUCAAAGCCAUUCUCACGCCAAAAGCUCGGAUCAACUAGUAGUCCCAGAUUAUUCUUUUUUUAUUGUCUUUUGAAAGUCUUUAAUUACAAUCUCGUUAAGAUUUUUUUCAAAACCUAGUUUUUCUCCGCAUAACUUGACCAAGGAUAGCUUUUUCGAUGACCUAUGGAGGCUAAAAUUGUACCUUUUUUCUCUUUUUCUCCCAGUUUUUGAAUAAGUCGAAAAAGUAUGAAUCCUUCAACCUGAGUUUAUUAGGAAGAACACCUGUGUAAGGAAAAACCCUGGUAUCUUUCCCCAAAUUCAAAAAAAAACCCGAAUAAAUCCGUUUUAAAUGUAUUUUGAAGGCUAAAAUUCAAUUUUUGCUUCUAUUUUUCCAGCAAAAAGUUCGAUUUUUCACAAAAAAUUCUUUUCGUGCUUUUUUGGCAUAACUUCUUCCAUUUUUCAAAGCCAUUCUCACGCCAAAAGCUUGGAUCAACUAGUAGUCUCAGAUUAUUCUUUUUCAUUGUCUUUUUGAAAGUCUAUAAUUAUAAUUUCGUUUUGAAACCUAGUUUUUUCCGCUUAACGAAAUCCUAUCAAAACUAGUUUUUUUUGGAUGACCUCUGGAGGCUAAAAUUGCACCUUUUUCUCUUUUUCUCCCAGUUUUUUUUUUUUUGAAUAAGUCGAAAAGUAUGAAUCUUUCAACCUGAGUUUAUUAGGAAGAAUACCUUUGUAAGAAAAAAACCUGGUCUCUUUCCACAAAUUCAAAAAAACCCGAAUAAAUCCGUUUUUAAUGAAUUUUUGAAAGCUGAAAUUCAAUUUUUUUCCUUCAUAUUUUUCCAGCAAAAAGGUUGAUUUUUUUCACAAAAAAAUUCUUUUUCGUGCUUUUUUUGGCAUAACUUCUUCCAUUUUUUUCAAAGCCAUUCUCACGCCAAAAAGCUUGGAUCAACUAGUAGUCUCAGAUUAUUCUUUUUCAUUGUCUUUUGAAAGUCUAUAAUUAUAAUUUCGUUUUGAAACCUAGUUUUUUUCCGCUUAACGAAAUCCCUAUCAAAAACUAGUUUUUUUGGAUGACCUCUGGAGGCUAAAAUUGCACCUUUUUCUCUUUUUUUCUCCCAGUGAAUAAGUCGAAAAGUAUGAAUCUUUCAACCUGAGUUUAUUAGGAAGAAUACCUUUGUAAGAAAAAACCUGGUCUCUUUCCACAAAUUCAAAAAAAAACCCGAAUAAAUCCGUUUUAAUGAAUUUUGAAAGCUGAAAUUCAAUUUUUCCUUCAUAUUUUCCAGCAAAAAGGUUGAUUUUUCACAAAAAAUUCUUUUCGUGCUUUUUUGGCAUAACUUCUUCCAUUUUUCAAAGCCAUUCUCACGCCAAAAGCUUGGAUCAACUAGUAGUCUCAGAUUAUUCUUUUCAUUGUCUUUUGAAAGUCUAUAAUUAUAAUUUCGUUUUGAAACCUAGUUUUUUCCGCUUAACGAAAUCCUAUCAAAACUAGUUUUUUUUGGAUGACCUCUGGAGGCUAAAAUUGUACCUUUUUUCUCUUUUUUCUCCCAGAUUUUUUUUUUUGAAUAAGUCGAAAAGUAUGAAUCCUUCAACCUGAGUUUAUUAGGAAAAUACUUUUGUAAGGAAAAAAACCUGGUCUCUUUCCAUAAAUUCAAAAACCCGAAUAAAUCCGUUUUAAAUGUAUUUUGAAAGCUAAAAUUCAAACUUCCUUUCGAAUUUUCCAGCAACGUUUUCUUUCAAAUCAAAACCUCUAGCUUUUUUUCUUGAUCUGUUGGCUUAACUUUAUAUAAUAUUAUUUAUUUACAGGCAGAACAAAAUAACAUGUACAGAAAAAAAAGAGAAAAAUUUGGCAUUAAGCCUGAAAUAAAUAAACUUCUUCUUUUCGAAGCCAUCCUCAAGCCUUGGAUCAACUACCAGUCCCAGGUUUUCCCGUUUAUUGUCUUAUGAAAGUCGAUAAUUAGAGUGUAGGACAAAAGCGCCGAUUCCAAGAGCGCCGUUCAAAUUGAGCGCCAGUCCGCAAUGCGCCGUCGCGUGUAUGCGCCGUGUAUGCAGACGCCGCUUUCUUUUGCGCCGAGUCCGUUUGCGCCAAAUCGUUUUGCGCCGUUUUUUCAAACUUUCAUUUUUUCGCUCUUUUUCUAUCAUUCUUUAUUGAUUGUGUAGUACAAGUUCAUAUAAAUCUCGAAUAAUUUUCGCGCCAUCCGUUAAUGAUGAGUUUUAGGUCUACUUUGGUCCAGGUAAAAUAUUUUUUUCCCCUUUUUCCUUUUCAAAGUACAAACAAAAAAGCAAAUAUGAUCCCCUGAUAUCGAAAAAUACAGAAAACGAUAUGAAAAGAGAAUGGAUAAAAAAAAUUACUGCUUUAAACGACAUAAUGAGUUUUUUGUGGUCGCAAAUUUUCUGCGUUAGGUAAGGCAGAGUUUCAAUUCUAGCAGACGUGAAACAGCAGAAAAUCGUUUUUCGUAACGUCAAACUCAUUUUCUUGAAACAAUAG